GACCAGCAGAGAGGAAAGAGAAACUGGGAGAGGGAGGAAGGGAGACAGUGAGAAGGGAAAUUGGAAAGAGAAAGGGGAGGAAACGGCCGACGUGGAGAGUCAGAGACAGAGACAGAAAGAGGAAGAGACUGAGUGUGAAGGAGAGAGGACACGUGAAUGAGAUAGAGACUUAAAGAAGAGACCCUGUGAGUCUGUCAAUCAAAGAUUUGGACAAAAACAGAAAGAUUGGAGAGAGAGAUAGAGGGAGAGAAUGAGUGAGAGAGAGACUGGAGGAGAUAGAGAUCAGAGAGAGGAGAGACACAGAAAGUGAGACUGGGGAGAGAGAUAGUGUAAAACGGAGAGAGAGAGAGAGAGCAUAAGAGACAGGAGACAAAGAGACAAAAAGUGAGCAGGUGAGGAGAGAGAUUGAGAACUAUGAGAGACAGCAGCUAAGAGACAAAGGAGGCAGGAGACUGCCUGGGUGCUGCUGCAGCACCCACACCGUCCUCUUGCCCCCUGUCACUGGGAUCCUAGAGCUGGUCCUUGAUGGAGGGGAGCCGACCUCGCAGCAGCCUGAGCCUGGCCAGCAGCGCCUCCACCAUCUCCUCACUCAGCAGCCUGAGCCCCAAGAAGCCCACCCGGGCAGUAAACAAGGUCCAUGCCUUUGGGAAGAGAGGCAAUGCGCUCAGGAGGGAUCCCAACCUUCCCGUGCACAUCCGAGGCUGGCUUCAUAAGCAGGACAGCUCGGGGCUCCGUCUCUGGAAACGCCGCUGGUUCGUCCUCUCCGGCCAUUGCCUCUUUUAUUACAAGGACAGCCGCGAGGAGAGUGUCCUGGGCAGUGUCCUGCUCCCCAGCUACAAUAUUAGGCCAGAUGGGCCGGGAGCCCCCCGAGGGCGGCGCUUCACCUUCACCGCAGAGCACCCGGGCAUGAGGACCUACGUUUUGGCCGCUGACACCUUAGAAGACCUGCGGGGCUGGCUACGAGCGCUGGGCCGGGCCUCCCGUGCGGAGGGGGACGAUGGUGGGCAAACCAGGUCACCCGCACGACCCCAGCCCGGGGAGGGCCCUGGCGGCCCAGGUGGUCCCCCGGAGGUGAGCAGCGGGGAAGAGGGGCGCAUCUCGGAAUCACCGGAAGUGGCUCGACUCUCCAGAGGUCGGGGUAGACCCAGGCUGCUCACUCCCAGCCCCACAAUUGACCUCCAGUCUGGACUCCAGAUCCGGAGGGCGAGGAGCCCCGACCUGUUCACCCCCCUCUCUCGCCCUCCCUCGCCUCUGAGCCUCCCCCGUCCCCGUUCUGCUCCUGCGCGGCGACCCCCUGCCCCCUCAGGAGACACAGCACCCCCUGCCCGACCUCACACCCCGCUGAGUCGCAUUGAUGUCCGACCUCCUCUGGAUUGGGGCCCCCAACGCCAGACCCUCUCCCGACCCCCCACUCCCCGCCGAGGACCUCCCUCUGAAGCUGGGGGAGGAAAGCCCCCCAGGAGUCCCCAGCACUGGAGUCAGGAGCACAGAACACAGGCACCCUCAGGCUCCUCCACUUAUCUCCAGCUCCCCCCGCGGCCCCCUGGGACCCGGGCCUCCAUGGUUUUAUUGCCGGGUCCUCCCCUGGAGUCAACUUUCCACCAAAGCUUGGAGACAGAUACACUGCUGACCAAGUUGUGCGGGCAGGACCGGCUCCUGCGGAGGCUGCAGGAGGAGAUAGACCAGAGGCAGGAGGAGAAGGAGCAACUAGAAGCAGCUCUGGAGUUGACCCGGCAGCAGCUGGGCCAAGCCACCAGGGAGGCUGGGGCUCCCGGGAGGGCCUGGGGUCGCCAGCGCCUCCUGCAGGACCGGCUGGUCAGUGUGAGGGCGACCCUCUGUCACUUGACUCAGGAGCGAGAGAGGGUUUGGGACACAUACAGUGGCCUGGAGCAGGAGCUGGGCACCUUAAGAGAGACCCUGGAGUACCUGCUGCACCUCGGUUCUCCCCAGGACAGAGUGUCCGCUCAGCAGCAGCUGUGGAUGGUGGAAGACACGCUGGCAGGUCUGGGUGGCCCCCAGAAACCGCCCCCACACACUGAGCCUGACUCCCCAUCUCCCGUGCUCCAGGGCGAGGAGUCCUCAGAGAGGGAGAGCCUGCCGGAGUCCUUGGAACUGAGCUCCCCUAGGUCCCCUGAGACUGACUGGGGACGGCCUCCUGCAGGCGACAAAGACCUGGCCAGCCCUCGCUUAGGUCUUGGGUCUCCGAGGGUCUCCCGGGCUUCCAGCCCUGAGGGUCGCCACCUCCCUUCCCCACAGCUGGGAACCAAGGCCCCGGUGGCCCGGCCCCGAAUGAGUGCCCAGGAGCAGCUGGAGCGGAUGCGCAGAAACCAGGAAUGUGGACGGCCCCUCCCUCGCCCGACCUCCCCGCGGCUCCUCACCCUGGGAAGGACACUGUCCCCAGCCAGACGCCAGCCUGAAGUGGAGCAAAGGCCUGUCGUAGGACACUCGGGAGCCCAGAAAUGGCUCAGAAGCUCUGGGUCUUGGAGUAGGUAAGGAACUGGAGGGCGUAUCAAGGGAGCAGGAAAAAAAAAAUUUGCAUAAGCAAAGGGGAGUAGCAUUAUUAUUGAAGUCUCCUGAAUAUAGAACUACAAAUCGCGCGCUUACGUUCCCGGGGCAUCUGAAACAAAACCGGAAAGCCCUAGAUCCGUAGUGAUAUCUUUAGUUCCCCAAAUUCCCUUGGUCAAUAGCAUACCUGCUUCUGCAUCAAGGAAAUUGGGUGGUAGUGAUUUGCGAAUGGACUACAAAUCCCAUAAUGCAUGUGGGCGGUAUGAGGGCGGUGCCAUGUUUAACAUCUGUUAGAGACACGUGCUAGGAACUACAACUCCCAGAAGGGCACGCGCGGUACCCGGGUCCCCACUGUGCGAG